AUGGACUACCCGCGAGACUGUCCCGUCCAUGGACCCCUAACGCAAGUCAAGGACACUCCGGUUCCUCGGGGUGACCCAAAGCGCGCAAAUAAGACCGUGCCUGAUGGGUUGUGUGUGCGCCGUUCAACCAUCAAAGGCGCCCAGUACGGAGUGUUUACUUUGAAGCGGCUGCCCAAGAGGUUGUGCUUUGGGCCGUACGAGGGCAUCAAAGUGGACAGCAGCGCAGCAAACGGCUACACCUGGCAGAAUGGUCGAGUGUUCCUGGUGGACGGCCGCCCGUUGGACCGCGCCAACUGGAUGCGCUACGUUAACUGUGCUCCAAAGCAGAAUCAGCAGAACCUGGCGGCGUUCGUGCGCCAGGGAGCCGUGUACUAG